CCUUAUCAAUCUCUUCUACUCUUCUUCUUCUUCCUAUGGAUUCUCACGUUAAAACCCAUCAGAAAGAACACGAAGAUGCUCUCUCACCGGAUCCAGUUCCCUUCUCGAAGUACUCGAACCGGGUCGAGUUAAAGACUCUCCUCGAACGAAGCGACGGCGGCGCGAGAUUAGCCGGUAAAAAGGUCGUGAUCGGUGGAUGGGUCAAGUCUUCCAGAGCCGUCAAGAAAGACUCUCCACCACCUCCUCCGCCGCCUCCGUCUUCAGUAACCGUCCCUCCGCCGCCGUCGAAGACGGCCAACAUUAGCUGCACGGAGAUCAUACAAUCAAAGAUGAAUAUUUUCAGAAAGCUUUUCGACGUCUUGAGCGGCGGAGGGAAGACUUACCCGAUCUUCGAUAAACCGGAGAUAACCGGUCAUAAUGCCACGUCACUACCACCGGAGUAUAUUAUUUACUUCUUGAUCAGUGAUGGCUCCUCUGUCUCCAGUCUCCAGGUUGUUGUUGAUUCUGCAAUGUCGAAUGUUCCGGUAGCUCAGCUUAUGGCUCUAGGGACAUGUAUUGUAGCAGAAGGUGUGUUGAGACAGCCACUGGCUGCUUCUGCAAAGCAUGUGAUCGAGCUUGAGGCGGAGAAGCUUCUUCAUGUCGGAACAGUGGAUCCAGAGAAGUAUCCACUGUCUAAGAAACAGCUUCCUCUGCAUUUGCUUAGAGACUUCUCUCAUUUCAGGCCCCGCACAACCACGGUUGGGUCGGUGACUCGAGUCCAUAGUGCGUUAACCUUAGCGAGCCACACGUUCUUUCAGUCUAAUGGAUUUCAGUAUGUUCAAGUACCAGUUAUCACAACCACUGGGGUUGGAGAGAUGUUUAGAGUCACUACUCCUUUAGGUGAUGAAACUGAUGAUAAAGAGGAGAAGAAUCAUGUCAAAGAAACAGAUAAAUUGAGCAUUGAGACAGUAAAGGCUGCAAUAAAGGAGAAGAGUAGACUCAUUGAUCACCUUAAGAGAUCUGAUAGCAACCGAGAAGCUGUGGUUGCUGCUGUACACGAUUUGAAGAAAACGACCGAUCUUGCAGCUCAGCUUGAGAUGAAACAAAAACCAAAAGCAGCAACUGUGGUCAAGCCAAAGAAAGAUUUCUUUGGUUGUGAGACUUAUCUGACUGUGUCUGGGAGGUUUCAUCUUGAGAGCUAUGCUUCUUCACUUGGAAAGGUUUAUACCUUUGGACCGAGAUUCACAGCUGAUAAAAUCGACAAUGCAAGGCAUUUGGCUGAGAUGUGGAAUGUGGAAACUGAGAUGGCUUUCUCUGAACUGGAUGAUGCUAUGGACUGUGCUGAUGAAUUCUUCAAGUUCCUAUGCAAAUAUCUCUUGGAAAAUCGUCAUGAAGAUAUGAAAUUCAUAUCUAAACGAGUUGACAAGACCGUUACCACACGUCUUGAAGCAACAGCUUCCAGUUCUGUUUUGAGGUUCUCUUAUACUGAAGCGAUUAGUCUUCUUCAAAAGGCAACCACUAGAACAUUCGAAAUCAAGCCUAAGUGGGGCGUUGCUUUAACAGAGGAGCAUCUCAGUUAUCUAACUGAUGAGAUCAGCAAGGGCUCUGUAUUAAUUAUACAUAGCUAUCCGAAAGAGGUUAAACCAUUUUACAUAAGGUUGAAUGAAGAUAAGAAGACUGUAGCAGCUUUUGAUCUGGUCGUGCCUAAGGUUGGUGUUGUGAUGACUGGGAGCCAAAACGAAGAACGGUUUGAGAUUUUGGAUGGGAGGAUCAAGGAACUUGGAUCAACAUCAAGGGAGAAGUACGAGUGGUACUUAGAUUUGAGGAGGCAUGGGACAGUGAAGCAUUCAGGGAUAAGCCUAAGGAUGGAACAUAUGCUUCUGUUUGCGACCGGGCUUCCUGAUAUCAAAGACGCUGUUCCUUUCCCAAGAAGUUGGGGAAAAGCCAACAAUUAAAAGCAGCCUCAAGGGUUUAUGCACAAAUCAGUCUCAUUGUUGUUUAACUAUCUAUGUGUAACUAUACUUGGUGAGAAAGGGAAUUGUAUCCCAAAGUGUUCAUAAUGAUUAUUGGGAUUGUAUAUUUUGGAUUGUAAAUAUGCAAUAAUAUAAAAACCUACAUGAAAAUAAUGUCUAACGUUUGA